AUGGAGAAACCUACUACCGAAUUCAUCGAGCAUACGGAUACCCAGCAACUCAGUCACAUAGCCAACCAGGAGGAGCACGAACUGAGCAAAUGGCAAAGCGUCAAGAAAUACCCAUGGCCUUUUCUAUGGUGUAUAUAUGCGGUCUGGUGUAUUUUACUCGUCUCGUUCGAGAACCAGGCCUCUUCCAACGUUACCAGCAUCCCGGCGUUUCGCAAGGAUUUUGGCACCUACUAUGAAGGAAGUUAUGUGCUAGAAGCAAAAUGGCAAUCGGCCUUUAGUGGUGCCCCCGUUGCAUCUGCUGUCAUUGGAGCCCUUUGCUCGGGCCAGAUUGCUGAUACUAUCGGCCGAAGAAUCACAAUCGGAAUUGCGCUUUUGAUCUCUGUUGCGGGUAUCACGAUGGAGUUUGUCGCAACCACCAACGAGAUGUUCUUUGGUGGCAAGUUUUUGAACGGAUUUGCACUAGGCGCAUUGGCGUCUGUUCCAGUAACUUAUGUUGGCGAAAUCGCCCCUCUCGCUCUCCGUGGUACGCUCACCUGUCUCACGGCCCUAGCAUACGUUAUUGGCCCCCUCGUCGUAGCCCUGAUUACCAACACAACGGGCAACUACAGCAGCCGCUGGGCCUACCGUGCAGUCUUUGCAGCCCAAUAUGGCUUCGCGGCAAUCGCCAUCGCCUUGAUUGCCUUCAUGCCCGAGUCCCCCUGGUGGCUUGUUUCACAAAACCACGAAGAAAAGGCAGAACACUCGCUCCGUAGACUGGGCUUCAGCGAAUCGGAGCGCCGAAAGAGAAUCGCAACGAUUAAAACGACACUGGAAGAAGUCCGCGCCGAAACAGAGGGCGCUACAUACCUCGAAUGCUUCCGACGCUCGAAUCUUCGUCGAACAAUCAUCUCCAUCGCGCCGCUGAGUAUCCAGGCUUUCUCGGGCGUCGUGUUUGCUGCUGGAUACUCAACAUAUUAUAUGGAGUUGGCUGGCUACAGUACUCAGAUGAGCUUCAGACUUCAGAUCGCGCAGCAGAUACUCUCUCUUACCGGCAAUAUAAUGUCGUACUUUGUUAUUGAUCGGCUCGGGCGUCGGAACCUCAUGUUCUACGGCCUUGCCGUGUUGACUGUCAUCCUCAUGUUGACUGGCGGUCUUGCGGUCGUCGCGUCACAGACCGACAACCCUAAUGCCCCGGGUGCGGUGAAAGGGACAGUCGCAAUGAUUCUCAUUUAUUGCUGGUGGUAUAACAUGACCAUCGGAGCGGCAGGAUAUACGAUCCUGACAGAAGUUUCGACGUCACGCCUGCGGAUUAAGACGAUUGCUAUUGGUCUUGCAUUGCAGAAUGCGCUGUACACCAUGUGGUCGUUUGUGCUGCCGUACCUUUUCAAUCCCAAUGAGGCCAACCUGGGUGCAAAGGUGACCUUUAUUUUUGGUGGCUUGAGUGUGAUUUGCUUGGUCUAUCUGUGGGUUUUCCAACCUGAGACUGCUGGUCGGACUUACGGGGAGUUGGAUGAGAUGUUCACGAAGAAGGUGCCUACUAGGGCAUUCAAAAAUUAUAAGACUGAUGCUGAGAUUACUGCUCACAAUGAUACCAAGAGUGAUGUUUAA